GCGGUGGUAACCACGACAACAGUUAGUUACCGCUUCCGCCCCAACAUGGCGACUUGCAUGUAAGGACGUAAAGGAGCAGACGACAGUGACGUUUUAUUAAGUUUCCUCAUUACUUUUGUUAUAAAAGUACAUUAGAUUAUUUGGAUUUAGUGUAAUAGUAAGCAAUGGCGAUGCAGAGUGGAAGUGUGAUUCAAGAGAAGGUGGCGAAGCUGUUGAACAGACAGCAUGGCAGACCCGUGCUGAGACCCAUCAAACCCCUGGCACUCAAGAAUGAGGUCGCUAACCGCAGAUUGAGGAAAGGAGAGGCCACCUGUGUUACGGAGAUGUCAUUACUGAUGGCUUGUUGGAAACAGAACGACUUUAACAACACAGUCUGCUCUAAAGAAGUCUCAACUUUCUACACAUGUGUUGAAAAGACCCAGAUGCAGAACAAGGCUGCCGGAAAGCAUGGAGGUCAGGGUCGACUUUCGCCAAAGGAAGCAACCAUCUUAUUGAAACGACAUCCUAACCUGGGCAGUGAAAUCUAGCUCGGGCAAGGAAUGGACACCUUUAUAAUCUGUGCUAUAUAGAUGGGAACUUUGUGCAGAGUGCAUGGCUGGGAUUGACUGGCCCAGGCGACUGCUGAGAUCAGGGUGUGUCAAAAAAUAAAAACUGUGCCACUCAAGAGACUCAAACUCUGCCCAAAAUUAUUUGUCACAACAACAGUUCACAAAGCAAAUCAGCUGCAUUCACAAGGUUGUGAAGGCACUUCGGCCGAUUGCUUAAUUUUACUGUCUUCUAUAUACCCCUUCCCAUUAAAAAAAGAAUUGCUAUUCAACUCAAGUACAUAGCACCACACACACUUCUUUUUGAGAGCUUGUAAUUUAUGUGGUCGCUUGUGGAAAUAAUUUUAUUAUUGUCUGCCUGUACCAACAUCACUUCCUGAGAUUAAUUUAUAUCGGUGACCUUUUCUGUUUCUCUCAUGUGUAACAGGCUUUGGGCAUUUUUCAUUAUCGGAAAACAGAGAUCAUAACAAAACUGCUCAGUUGUGGAUAACGUUACAUGCCAUGACUAAGUGUAUCAGAUGUGGCAAGCCUUUGCAAUAAAGAUUGGAAUAUCUUUUUAAUUGCAUUAUGUUAAAUGCAUUUUUGUGCUCAUAUAUGUUCUGUGUUUUCCAAUUUAGUUCAACUUCAUGCCCUCGAAUGGGUUUAGUUCUCAUAAUGUAAUUUAACCAUGGCUAUUUCAUCCUGUGAUAACAUUUCCCACCAUUUCCUUACGCUGUUUAUCUACAAAGUAAUGUGUCUAGACCCCAAAGGAAAUGCCGUCUACUGUCUAAAAUCUGCUCAAUUAAGACCUUGUAACUUGGCUUCUGUUGACAAAAUGAAUGACAGGACAGGUUUCAAAAAUGCGUAACAAUGGUUUGCCAAAAACACUGUAUGAUCUGGAACAAGACUGAAAUAGCUACGGUUAACACAGACCAUCUGUAUGACUCUUGGUCUUCAUUUAAAAUACUUCACGGUGACUGUAUUUAGGAUCUCUAACUUGUGAUGCAUAAAUCAACCUGUUACAUUUA